UAAGCUGAAUAAUUCAAGUGAGUUGGAUAAUUCAAAUAUAUCAGAUAAUUCAAAUGAGUUGGAAGAUGAGUUAGAAAUUAUCAACCUUUGUGAUGACAAUAACGAAGAAGGCCAAAGAUAA